CUCCUGCUGAUUUACAACAAUCUGCCAAUACGAGUCAUAAUAAAGAAAUACGUAACCCUAGAAAUUGCAACAAACAUAGAAAUAGAGUAAAAAAGGACGAAGCAAAAGCAUGCCUCUUGUAUGAAAAAUUGGCUAAGUUUGGUAAAAAGGGUGGAGAUGUUUAUUGUUAUAGAAAAAAGAAGGAAAAUAGAAAAACCAACAAAAAUAACAAAGAAACCUACCCUGGAACCAAUAAUGAAGAUAAGGCUGACAACAAAAAUGCUGAUAAGAAUGAUGAGGAUGUUGAUUAUAAAAUAGUUGUUAAUGAAGAAGAUACAAAAUGGGAAGAAGCUAAAAGACCGAGAAUUUCUAUCGACCUUACAAACCUUGAAGAAGCUUGCGACAACUAG